AUGGAUAAUGAAGUAUAAUAUGAUUUUGCAGCUACCAAAGUUUAAUAUUCAUAACAGUAUAUCAAUACAUAUUAUUAUGAUAAUCAAACCUGUAAAAAAGUCACUGGGAUAAUAAUGCAUGCUUGUUAUUACAUAUCUGUCAGACUAAUAUUAACAUAUGCAUCAGCAUCUGCCUGUCUAACUUGCAUGACAACUUAUGUACCCAAUAGUAUUAGCUUCCAUGUUGAUGUCCCUUUAUUUCAUUUCUUUCUGUUUUUUGGAAUGUAGUAAUCAGAAAAUCGAUAAUCAGAAUCUCAAGAUAAUUCUAUAUUGCCAAUUGUAAUGCUCAACACCAAUGGUCUUGAAUACUGCAACAAUGACAUGAUAUAAGGUGACAUUUAAAUGAUUUCAGCCCUCCUGCUACCUUAAAAGUUUUUCAGAAAUGCUUUCACUCAAACACUAAGUGCUGGUAUCUAUGCUGGAGCAUAUUGUUCAUAUUUUUGA